CACCUUUUAUGGUACGGUGUUACGUUUAUCCACUUGCCUUGGACCUAGCUAAUAUUACCAGCAACAGCACCUCUAUUGAAAUAUUAGUACUGAUACUCGAAUGAGCACGACGGUCGUGACCGGUACUGGGCGACGCUCGUCUGUGUUGCUCUCAGAGCUACAGAUGCCAGCAAAUACACCCGGCUCACAAUUAAAGCACAUGACUAGUCCGAUAGACAAAUUUCCGCCGUUCAGCGACGAGUCGUUUGAUUCGAUAAAGGAUUCAAGGGAACACCACUCGGGUUCCUCAGUCAGAUAUGCGCCGGCACGCUGGGAGCCGCGAAAGACAGGGCAGUUUCCGUACGAUGAGAAAGCAGUAUUCGCUGGGAAUACGAGACAACGGUCAAGAAAGAGCAUCAGCGAGACAAUCAGCACGAUUAGGACUCGCAAUGGUAGCGUGAGUGCUAAUGCUCAGGAGCUGGCUGAAGCACUGAAGGCACCAGUCUCAUACAGGUUAAUUACUCUCUGUCUCAUUUGGUAUCUGACCUCGGCUCUGACAAACACCUCCUCAAAAUCGAUUUUGAAUGCGCUGCCGAAGCCAAUCACCUUAACCAUGGUACAAUUUGCUUUUGUGUCUUUCUGGUGCCUGUUACUGUCGUCUGUGUCCAGAAUGCUACCCUCACUCAAGGAUAGCAUACCAGCACUUAAGCAUGGAAUCCACACACCAUCGCGCGAUAUUAUUGUUACUGCUUUGCCUUUAGCGAUUUUUCAGCUAGCCGGACAUAUUCUCAGCUCCAUGGCUACUUCACAGAUACCUGUCUCACUCGUUCACACCAUCAAGGGACUAUCACCCCUCUUCACGGUCAUGGCAUAUCGUGUGCUAUUUCGGAUUCGCUACGCCAGAGCGACGUAUUUGUCCCUCAUUCCGUUAACCCUCGGUGUUAUGCUCGCGUGUUCUACGGGGUUUUCCACUAAUUUCUUCGGCAUUUUAUGUGCGCUAGUCGCAGCCCUCGUUUUUGUGUCACAGAACAUAUUUUCGAAGAAGCUGUUCAAUGAAGCGGCACGAGCAGAAUCCAACCUUGAGCCGACAAGUCGACGAAAAUUGGACAAGCUGAACUUGCUGUAUUAUUGCUCUGGUCUAGCUUUUGUCCUGACCCUGCCCAUCUGGGUUGUCUGCGAAGGAUACCCAUUAAUAUCAGACUUCAUGAAGGACGGUGCGAUUUCCCUCACAGGAAAAGAGGGCUCUCUCGACCAUGGUGCUCUUUUUCUCGAAUUCGUAUUCAAUGGUGUAUCGCAUUUUGCACAGAACAUCUUGGCGUUCAUCCUUCUAUCUAUGGUUUCGCCCGUGUCAUACUCCGUUGCAUCAUUGGUCAAGCGAGUAUUUGUUAUUAUUGUUGCGAUCGUUUGGUUCGGGAGCUCAACAACCCCUGUACAAGGUCUUGGGAUUCUCCUCACAUUUGUUGGGCUCUAUCUAUACGAUCGCAACAGCCAUGAUGAUUUAGCCGAUCAGAGAGCCAACGCCGAUCACUUCCGCGUCAAGGAAACGGUACUUCCGUUGAACGAACGGACACCAGUGAGAGCCAGAGAGCCCACUGGCUUCUCUCCAGCAGCAAGCAAAUUUCCGGAUCAUCAAUCCUUGGGCGAUUCACUCUCGCAUACGAAUGACUUGAAGAAGGUGUAUGACGGACAGGGCUACGUUCGCCCAAGAGGAAGCAGUACUUCCCGCGCUUGGUUGGCUCCUGGCAUCCGGCAACCAGACUACAUGGCGCCCUAAUGAUUCCUAGGCGUAACUGCGCCUUAUAUUCCUGUCAUUCCUCGUUUUACAUCUUAAUAGCAUUUUGACUUCGGCACACGUCUUAUCGGAUAUUAUAAUAAUUGAGGUAGCAAUAAUGUUAACAAUGUUGCGAGGUACCUAAUCAUUGUAUGGAGAAUGAUGAAGGCGCUACGACCAUUCUUUUGUUAGACGGCGUGCCUACGACAAGGCUUGGAAAGAUAUUAGGUCGUGACAAUUCCCUACUUUCAA